AUGACAGCUGAUAACGCUUGCACGGGCCGCGAGCCCAGCGACUCAAGACAGGAACGCGAUUCGCAAGCGCGGGCGAGUCGGCCUCGUAUGCAAGGUCGCUUCACGGACCGAGAACUGGAACAACUCGAAGACGGCUUACGAGCGGUCUGCACAGAGCUGGGGCUCCCAGCAACCCCGCAACAGUUCAGUGAGCUGGCGACGCGACCCCGUGCAGUUCGCAGAGCAUGUGCGCACCAGCUUCCCGGUUCAGAGGUUCUGCUUCGCAACUGGGGUGGCAUCUGGAAGCGCGUCGCGACUUUUGUGCCUGGUCGCAGCUGGCGUCAGGUCUACGAUACGGCACGCCGCCGCUACGCUGGAAAUAACUACCUCGGUGAUUGGACCGAAGAACAACUGGCUCUGUUGGAGCGUGCUGUUGAACAGCACGGUCCCUGUUGGUCCAAAGUCGCAGAGGAGGUGGGCCGCUUCGCUUCCUCAUGCCGGGACAAGUGGCGGCAGUCGUUUGAGAGCAGAGGCCGCCUGCGAGGCCGAUGGUCCCCUGACGAGCGCCGUCGACUCCUUGAAGCGAUGCGCAAAUACGGUGAAGCGCCCGCUGCCGCGUCGGAGUUUGGGAAUGUAACGACCCGUCCGGAUCAACUCGAUGGCACAACAGAUCCACGAACGAUGGACGUUCUCGAAGGAAACGGCAAACCAGCGGUUUCCCGGAAACGAGGCCGCAGCAGUGCAUACACCGAGUCCGAAGGAUUCUGGACGCGAAUCGCUAUCUAUGUAGGUACUCGUUCGGAGUUCCAGUGCCGUUGCGAAUGGCAGCGCCAUAUGGAUCCACGUCGCAUUAGCCGUCGGGGAAGCGCACACCGUGCCGCUUCUUUGAAUCUGCAGUUUCUCGGCGUUCUGGAAAAGUUCGUUACUCCAGAUGGAACGCGACGGGUGCCGCGUGAUGUCUCGGAGAUUAAGUGGGGUGAAGUGCACCCCGACCUGAACGCUUAUCGCUGCUACCUCUGGUGGCGACAGCUGCUUCAGCGAUUCUAUCCAGAGUCACCGUUGCUCUCCAAUGAUAUGCAAGCCCGCAGAAAUGCCUCGCUACUGGAGACCAUCCGUGAAGUGCGCUUGCGUAUCCUACAGCAUUACCCAGAAUCAGCAGAAGCUGGAGAAGUUCGCGCCGUGGACACCUUGGAGCGAGCCUAG